UUAAUAUUCUCUGAUAUUUUGCUAAAGUUACUAUUACCUUUAAACAGGUAAACCGACAUCAUGUGUUUCGAGGAAAAUUGAUGGCAUUUGAAAGACAUAGCCUAAAGGUCAAUAUAGCACACUGACAAUACAAUAUAGACAACUGAACAAUUGCUUAUUGUCAAUAUAACGUGACCUUUAAUGAUCUUUAUCUUUUAAAUGAUCUAAUGGAGGAAUAAGAUCUUAUUGAAGAUACCAGAACAUUCAUGACAUUUGUUUUCCAUAUUGAGGACUAAACAAUGUAUCAUGAGAAAACGAGUAAACCUUACAAAGCAAUGAAUACAACAUUGCCUUUGUGCUUACACUGAAUUAUUUAUAUAAUACAACAUACAUCAUGUUCGUAACCAAGUAGCUUUGAAACACAAGGAUUAAUGCUGAAGAUUAGUAUAAACUGUCGUUAAGAGGAUAUUCAGGAGAAGUCCCAAAAAUAGCGUGCUCAAUUUCUUUAUCUUAAUAUUUGUAAACCAAUGUAAAAGGAUGAAGUUGCCAAUGCGAUUGCUGCUAGCUACUGCAGCAUUUUUCUUCAUAAUUGUAUAUUUGAUUGCAAAUAAACAUUCAAAAACACAAUCCAUUCAAGACAAAACAAUAACUCAGGAUAAGAGUUUAAGCUUUCGCAAAAGUCCGCAAAAUGAACUCACCCAAAAUGUUUUGCUUCAAGAGAUACAAACAACCACGAGAGCUAACAUAUACCAAACUUUAGAACAAUUUCAGAAAGAACAUAAAAAACUCCCUACAAUUCUCAAAGCACGAGCUGAUAUAUUUUCUCAAGAUGUCCUGGAUUAUGUUGAUGUUAAUUACAAAUAUGAAUUCAAGAUGUUUCCAAAUACAACAAGAGAGGUUCCAAGACGUAGAGCUCCCAUCAAUGUUGUGAUCAUACCUCACUCUCAUGUCGAUCCGGGUUGGCUCCAGACAAUUGAUGAGUACUACAAAUACCUUGUACAUGGUAUCCUAACAAACACUGUGUUAGCCUUAACAGAAAAUCCUGAGUUGAAGUUUAUGUGGGCUGAGACAGUCUUCUUGGCCAAAUGGUGGGACAACCUAACCAUAAGUGAUGUUGAUGGUGUUAUAAAGAUGAAAUUCCAAGAGUUGCUGAGGCAGGGGAGAUUUGAGAUUGUGAUGGGAAGUUGGGUGAUGCCUGAUGAGGCAAGUACGCAUUUUUACUCAAUCAUAGACCAAAUGGUUGAAGGACAUCAAUGGUUGGAACACACCCUAGGAAUAAAACCUAACUAUACUUGGUCUAUAGACCCAUUUGGACACUCUUCAUCAUUUCCUUAUUUUCUCAAAUCAGCAGGUUUUAAAGCAAUGGGCAUAGGCAGAGUACAUGCCGCUGUGAAACGUCACUUGGCCCUAAAUCAGAGUCUGGAGUUUCACUGGAGACAGGCGUGGGAUCACUCACGACAAAAUGAUAUAUUCUGUCACAUGCUAGCAGGUGAAACCUAUAUAACAAGGGACUCAUGUGGAACAAAUUCUAUGAAAUGUUCUCAGUUUGAUUUUACAGGGCAUGAUGGAGAAAGAAUAACAAAGGAUAAUGUAGCGACACAGGCAGAUAUACUUUACAGACAGUAUCUAUCAAAGGCAGAUUUAUUCCAUACAAACACCAUUUUUAAUCUAAUGGGGCAUGAUUUUAAAUAUAGUACGAUACGUUCACACACAUAUAUGUUGGAGAAUGUAAGACAACUGAUGCGAUAUAUGAACCACAACAGAACAAUGAACAUUAAUAUAAAAUUUGGUACAUUGGGUGAUUAUUUCAAAAUGGUUCAAAAUGACACAAAUUACAUGAAAAUACCGUCUCUAAUCGGAGACUUCUAUCCGUACAUGAUGACAAAAGCAUACACUUCCAAGGACUAUUGGACGGGUUAUUUUACAACAAGACCUUUUGAUAAAUAUCUUGGACGUGAACUUCAAUGGAUGUUGAGGGUUUCAGAAAUUCUAAACACAUUCGCUGCCCUGAAAAUCCAUCAAGAAGCGUUGUCUCCAUAUAAUGAUAUAAUAAUGGAAAAUCUCCUUAACCUAACUGAAGCACAUCGUGAACUGGGUGUGUAUCAACAUCAUGACGCAAUAACAGGCACUGAGAAAAAGCAUGUGGCAAUAGAUUAUGAAAGAAGAAUGAUGACUGGUCUUCAGGCUUGCUAUAAAGUGAUUAAAACUGCCUUUAACAUUCUCCAAGAAGCAACAAUGACAUCUGGUGAAGACACAAUCGACAUAGACCAAAAUGAGGAUAAUAAUCUUUACAUUGAUGAUGUAAGGGAUUUAACUGAUAUGCAACCAUCUAAGAUACUUAUUGAUGUUACAAAGGAGCAACAAAUUAUUGUGAUCAAUCCAGUCGAACAUCACAUAACUACAGUUGCGAGAUUCUAUAUCAAUGAUCCUCAUGUGAAGAUAUUCAAUACCAGUGGUACUGAGAUGAAUGUACAAGUGAACCCUAUUUGGCAAGACAUGGAUGGUAUGUUUGAAGAUAGGUAUGAACUCGUGAUUGAGGUAACAGUAACAGCAUUUGGAAGCUCUACAUAUAGAAUAAAGCACCAUGAAGAAACAGCCAAAUGCUCAGAAGUACUCAUUCAUGGUUCAAAAAAUUAUUCAUCAAACGAUUAUUUCAAGAUUCAAAAUCAGGGAAAUACUGACAUUCAAAUCUCGAACUCCUAUUUGAAGGCUACAUUUUCAUUUGAUACAGGAGAUCUGGUGAGUGUGCAACAGGGGGAAGAUAUCUACAAAAUACAGGCCUCAUUUACUUCAUACCAUAGUGGUCUUGGUGGGGCUUAUGUGUUCAAGCCCAGGGAAGAAGCAUGGGAUCCCAAGCAAGCGUUCACAAUUCAAAAUGCCACUGUGAGGAUCAUUCAUGGUCAUAUAGUUUCAGAAGUCCAUACACUUUAUGCAGGGCUCACUAGAGUGUUCAUUAUACACCACACAGGGGUACACAUUCAAAAGGCAAUCUCAAUUAACAAUGUCAUCGAUAUCAAAAACUUUCCGGUACCAUUCAGAAAAAACAUUGAAGUUAUGAUGGAAAUUAAAACAAAUAUUAUAAACAAAAAUCGAAUAUUUUAUUCCGAUGCGAAUGGAUUUCAAAUGAGACCAAGGAAAACAAACCCAGAUAUUCCAGUCAAUGGUAAUUUCUAUCCAAUGACAUCUAUGUUCUAUCUAGAGUCGACCAAAACGAGGCUUACAGUUACGUCUGCUCAACCUUUAGGGGUUUCCAAUUUGAAUCCAGGGGAAGUUCAGAUAGGACUGGAUAGAAUGACAAUGUUUAAUGACAACAAAGGUAUGAGCGAAGCUAUCGAUGACAAUAAAGUCACAUCAAGCAGAUUCAUGCUUUUUGUUGAAAAACGGAGAAAACCUGCUGAUGUGGCGACAGUGUCCAUGCCUAGUGCUCUCGGACAUUUGCUUCAGAAUCUUAUCAACAACCCCUUAGUUCAGAUGUACGGAGGGAAUAAAAAUAGCAUGUAUGAAAACCUAGCACUCAUAUCUGAAGAACUGCCAUGCAAUAUUAAAAUAGCACUAUUCAGAGGACUUUUUGAUAAAACAUCAAAACUGCCAAGGCUCAAUAGUAUAGGAUUAACAAUUCAUUCAAUAGUCUAUGACGCUCAUUUAAAUAUCACAAUGUGCAAAUAUUCUAAAACAUACAAUAUUGACAAAAUAUUCAAUAUUUCAAGCAAAGUUAGUCAGACAGAAGAAUCGUCAUUGUCUUUCAUGCACAGAGUAAAGCUGAUCAAUAUCAGUGAUGAUUUGCCAGUAAGUCCCAUGGAAUUAAAAUCAUACAAGUUGGAUCUAGCGUGAACUGCAUAAUAAUCCUUUACAAUUGCCAGACUGCAUUGAAACUCUUUAUAUUGGAGAUAUGUUUUUUUAUAAUCUAGUCUAUAUCCAAUCAGAAUAUGGUGUUUGUAAAUCCCUGCAUUACAUCUUUUACAUUUCGUACAAGGCUGGGAAAUCCCGCUUUUGCAAUAGUGUAGAUCUUAUCACAACUGUAAACUGGGGUAGUUAGAGGGUAGUGUGCUAGCUGUUUGGGAUAAAGGGUACAACUGAGUACUGCAUUAUA